UAAUGUAUAUUGUAUGAUUACCAAAUAAUUGGCAAAUAUCAAUUUAAUUUUCGGUUGUUUUCAAGUUGACAACGUAAUGUUUGUACCUACUGUAAAACCUUACAUAAACGUUUGUGAUGUAAUUAUAGAUCAUACUUAACUGUUGGUAACGUUUAUUGUUUUUCAUGUCAUUACAAAUGUUUUUAUCGGAAUUUGGAAGUUACUGCAGUUAAACCGCUGUGGCGUGGUUGUAUCGGUAGGUAUCGUGCCGUGUUCUUACAUGCACUGCUGUUGGUCAUCAAAUAAUAGUUAUUGUGUUAUUAUUAAUAACGCGUGCAUAACCCGUCGUCUAUUAAUACUAAAAUUUAUUUAUAAUAAUAUAUAAUAUGAGGCCAGAUUGAUAAUAUUAUUAAUAUUGUGCAGAAAAAAAUUUGGCUCUUAAAAUCCUUGAAACGAAGUUUCGGUGUUCACCAUAUUUCAUAUUUUCAUCCUAUCAUUGUGCUUUUAUUAAAAAAUAUAUAUACCUUUUGACACUAAUGGAGGUUAACGGAAAAAUAUCCCAAGAAUCGGAAAACAAUGAAAUCAUGCAACAGAUGGAAUUGAUCAGUAACCACGCCGAUGGCACGAAUGAGAUUCGCUUGACAAUUCAAUCAGACAUUGACUCGUUUAAUGCUUUGUAUUCGGAAUGUGCUAAAUACACCCAACAAGUGCAAUACGCGAAAAGUCAAAGAAUGAGCAGCAAUUUAGUAUUAUCUGAAAUUGAAUGUAAAUUAAUUCAAGAAAAAGAAUUGUACCAAGGACAAUUAAAGGCUAAAUCGUUAACUCUUAAUAAUUCUCUUUCUGUUUAUAUUAACAAACUUCAUGAAUUAACAAACUUGAUCAAUCCCGUACAAGUUUAUAUUAUUGAUAAGUCAUUAAUUCAGUGGAAACGUCAACAGCAGUUGGCUGGUAAUGGAUAUAAAUGCAUGAAGGAUAUAGAUGUUAUACAAACUUGGUGUGAGAAAUUGUGUGAUUUAAUAUGGAUAGCUCGUUCACAAAUAAAAGAAGCCGAUCGAUUCAGAGUGAAUUUGAGUCCUUAUUUUGAAUUACCACAAUCAUGUGAAAUUAUUAACACACUGCUCAAUAUGACUACACAGUAUCUUUCAUCAUUAGUGACAAGUACUUUUGUUAUUAUUACACAACCACCUCAAGUAUUGAAAACUAAUACAAGAUUUUUGGCAGAAGUGCGUUUAUUAAUCGGUGGAAAACUCAAUAUUCACAAAACAUCACCCGUGGUUAAAGUAUCUAUAGUUAAUGAAUCUCAAGUUAAUCAAAUAAUUGGAAGAAACAAACCAUGUGGUGAAUCUUGUGGGGAAUUAUUAAAUUGCACUGGAAAAAUGGAGUACCACCCAGUCAAUAGACAUUUUUCUACCAACUUUCGAAGUAUGCAACUUAAAAAAAUUAAACGUACCGAAAAAAAAGGAACAGAAUCUGUUAUGGAUGAAAAAUUUUCAAUUUUAUUUUCUUCAACAUUUUUUAUUGGUAAUGAACUUCAAAUUGAGGUAUGGAAUUUGUCAUUACCAGUGGUAGUUAUUGUACAUGGAAAUCAAGAUCCCCAUGCUUGGGCUACUGUGAUAUGGGAUAAUGCUUUUGCUAAACUUGGCCGAGUCCCAUUUAAUGUUCCUGACAAAGUACCUUGGAAAAGUGUGGCAGAAGCUAUAAACAUGAAAUUUUCUGCUGCUACAGGUCGUGGUCUUUCGGAAGAUAGCUUAAUAUUUUUGGCUGAAAAGGCUUUUAGAAUGCAAAAUAUGGCUUUCAAUAAUAUGUUAAUAUCAUGGUCACAGUUCUGUAAGGAACCGUUGCCACAGAGAAGUUUCACAUUUUGGGAAUGGUUUUAUUCAGUGAUGAAAUUAACUAAAGAACAUCUAAAAGGUCCUUGGAUGGAUGGAUCUAUUAUGGGUUUCAUAAGAAAGUCUGAUGCCGAAAACAUGUUAACAAGAUAUGCAACUGGUACAUUUUUAUUAAGAUUUUCAGAUUCAGAAUUAGGUGGGCUAACUGUUGCCUGGACUGCAUCCAAUGACUAUGAAGUUUUUAGUUUACACCCUUUCUCAGCUAAAGAUUUAUCAAUUCGAAACUUGGCAGAUAGACUUUUGGACUUGCCAUACCUAACCAAGUUAUACCCGAAUAUUGAUAAAGACCUAGCAUUUGGAAAAUAUUACACACAAUCACCAAAUAUUAGCAAAUCUGUUACCAACAACGGAUAUGUAAAACCAUUAUUAGUUACACAUGUUCCUGGAUGGAGUGGAUCUGGUACCAAUGGACAAGGAAUGAAUAGCUAUCCUAACACUCCCCAGAACCACAUGUUUCAUGAAAACAGCUUAGGGAAUUAUAGUACUAAAGAAGCGUCAGUAUAUAGUGAACCAGACAAUAAUGUGACUGCAUUUGGGAAUUAUCCCUUAGAAAUGGAGUUUUGUUCAAGCUUAGAUGACAUGUCGCAGAUAGAUGGAUCAUUUUUUUAAAGUAAUUUAAAUAGGUAAUAUACUGUUUUUAUAAUGUAGGUUUUUGUAACUAUUGUUAUUCAAUAUCAUAAUAAUUGAAGUAUACACUAAACUGUAUGUGCAAUAUCAAACUUUUAUCGUCUUUUCUUCUUAUUAUUUUUUUUAUAACGAUAUUUUAAAUGUUGACCUACAUAUCAUACUCAAUAGUUAUGUAAAUUUAAUUUAAUUUGAGUACUCAUGUAGCUGGAAUAUCUACUUUAUUAUUAUUUAUCGCCAUUCGCUUAUUAUUCAUUAUUAUUUUAUCAUGGAUUAGUUGUUUUAAUAUUUGUAGAUAAAAAAGUUUUUAGAUCAAGUUUAGAUGGAGUUGUUUCGCUGUUGUUACUUAGUAUUAUUGUAAUUAGUACAUUGUAUGUUUAUGAUAUGUUUAAAUAUUAUUCCAUCAAUAAAGUAGAAUGUAUUUAUUUUA